CGGAUAUGUUGAUGGUUCCACUGUUGCGCCGGACCAAUUCAUGGAUGCUGCCAAAACUCAGCCCAAUCCAUGCUAUGUCAUUUGGUAUCGUCAAGAUCGCACUAUCAUUAGUGCUUUACUUGGCAGUUGCACCGAUACCAUCCAACCGUUGAUCUCAUCGGUUACCACAUCCAAACAUGCCUGGGAAAAACUUUCGGUCACUUUUGCGAGUACAUCGAGAGGCAGGAUCAUCUCCCUCAAAACCUCUCUUUCUCGGACCACAAAAGGAGGCCGGUCCGUCACUGAAUACACUACUAGAAUUUUCCAUAAUUGCUGCUAUGCAUUUGCUGCGGUUAUAAGUAAUCUGCAGCAAAUAGUCUCUAUUAUCCAUCGUAUUUGCUAAGGUUGGACUAGCACCGCAACAAUAAGUCCACUUUUUAAUAUCAUUCGUUGCGGUUUACUAUGAGCCGCAACAAAAAGUCCGAGUGCACGCAAGUAGUUGCUUCGGUCAUUCUAAGCAUGCAGCAAAUAAAUAGAGGUUUCUCUCUGCCCUCAAAGCACCGCUCCACGCCGGCGCCUCUUGCUUGCUCUCCACCGCUUGCUUGCUCGCCACCGCCUACUGUUUGCUUGCCUCCACCUUCUGUCCGUUCACCUCCGCCUCCUGCUUGCUCGUCCCCGCCACCUCCCUGCUCGCCUCCUACUCCUGCCACUUGCAGCAGCCUCCUGCUCGCCUCCGAUUCCUGGCCGUUCGCCUCCUAUUCCUGUCUGCUGGCUUCCUAUUUUGUAAUGUCAUUUAAUAUGUUUUUUUUGUUAGGAAGCACACAUCAAUCCUUUAUUUUUUACAGUAAGUUC